AGCAUAUUCAUCUACACAUGCCAGGCCUCGAAGGAGGGCCAUGGCUGACAUGGACACCCAUCGAGACAUUCAACCAGCGCAUUACAUUGCUGAAUCGAAAAAAUGGCUUCCAGGUCCGACUCAAGAUAGAGCAGAACAUAUGCCCAGCUCCAUCCGAGUCGUAUCAUGGAACAUCGAUUGCAUGAGGCCGGAAGCAGACCUUCGCCUAGACGCUGCUCUCUCCUAUAUCCAACAUCAGGUCUUCAAGUGCAGAACAAAUAGUAGACGUCCUGAACCGUGCUCUAUCCUCCUUCAAGGCGUCCUAGCCACUGCAUUCAAUACCAUUAUCAAUAACAAGUGGGUCCAGAAUUUCUUCGUCGUUAUUCCUCCAACCACAGACGCCUGGCCUAAACUUGCGAAGUAUGGCACAGUCACCCUCCUCUCUCGCUCCCUCCACAUCACAAAGUCAACUUCUCUUCAGUUCAGCUGCUCUGAAUCACAACACCAUGCUACUUUCGUAGACGUCAAACUAAGCGGUCUCCUGGACACAGCUCAAGCUCCCUCAUCGUCCGAGUCUGUCGUCACCUUGCGGAUUGCGAACACCCAUCUUGACCCAUUACCCGACGGUGUCCAAAUCAGGGAGAAACAACUCAAGCUCAUCGCUGAUACUUUAAUACAGGAUGGGCUGUUUGGAGGAAUUGUUGGAGGUGACUUUAACGCUGUUUCACCUAACGACUCCGCACUGGUUGAAUCUGUUGGCUUGUGGGAUGCAUGGAGCGGCGACGAUGAAGGAGGCUUUACUUGGGGGUAUCAACCUCGUUCUCCGCUUACACCAGGAAGACUAGACAAGUUAGUCUAUACGCCUCGUCCAGGUUUCUUUGUAGAUACCCCAAAGAAGAUAGCUGUUGGGAAGAAAUACGGGAAGCUGACGCAGAGGAGGUGGAUCAGCGACCAUUAUGCUCUGCUGACCAAGGUGCAAUGCGUAUAUUUCGCAUCCGACGCUUUAGAUCGUGAUCCAUCUGACCACGGGCACGUUCAACAGGGACUGAGAGAGCAAAGAAAUAUCGACACAUGCUCGCUGAAUGUAAACUCGCGCUUCUCUUACCCUAGCCUGCUUCUCACUGUUAUGUGACUAGCACCCACUCGUAUCGCAUUCACCACCCCGUAGCAAAUACAUCAUUCCACUCCAUCCUGGUAUCGAUUUUCGGUCCAGACGGAAGCCUUGGAAACGCUUGCUUCGCAUGAAGUCAUCAAGAUGUAGCACAGGUGUAGAAGGACAUUCUGACGAAACUAGGCUACAUUGAAAGGAAGGACCCGACACGACCACACUUCUUAGUACUAACCCGCACCCUGAGACCCGCUCACAUCACGCAUAUGCAUUGCUUUCUAGUUGGACUUCACAACUAACAAAUUAUCAUGAUUUACUGUAGAAUAUUUUGUAUGCUAUCACGCUGUCGGAUUUAUCUUAUCAUGUUUCUUGCGUUGGUUCAAA